GCUAGCAAACAUGCAGACUCUAUUUACUGCCUUGCAAGGUCUUCUACUCCUGUCACCUAUUGUCACUGUAGCUUGUCCUAGCCGAUGUCUAUGCUUCAAGACAACUGUGAGGUGCAUGCAUCUGAUGCUGGACAGCAUUCCAGAAGUCCCAGUACAGACCAGUAUACUAGAUUUACGCUUUAAUCGUAUACAAGAGAUCAACUCUGCUGCACUGCAAAGGCUGAAGAACCUCAACACAUUAUUGCUGAAUAAUAAUCACAUCAGGCGGAUCCCGCAAAAAGCAUUUGAAGAGCUGGGAAAUCUGAGACACUUGUAUCUUUAUAAGAAUGAUAUCCACGCAAUAAAAAAGAAUGCUUUUCAAGGCCUCAACUCCUUGGAGCAGCUGUAUAUUCACUUCAAUAAUAUUGAGAGACUGGAUAAGGACACAUUUGGAAACCUCCCCAAGCUUGAGAGACUGUUCCUGCACAACAACAGGAUAUCUAGGAUACAACCAGGAGCAUUUUCUGAGCUCCCAUCUUUGACCCGCUUACGACUGGAUUCCAACCCAUUAUUCUGUGAUUGUGAGCUGAUGUGGCUGGCCGAUCUCCUAAGGAGCAAUGCAGAGCGCAGCAGCACCCAUGCAGCAGCGACAUGUGAGCAUCCUGCACAUCUACAGGGGAGGUCUUUGAGUUCACUGUCCCCCGAAGUCUUUAACUGUGAGAAACCUCGGAUUGUGUCAAAGCCCAGAGAUGCUGAUGUCAGUCUGGGGAACACUGUUUAUUUCACCUGCCGAGCUGAGGGAAACCCCAAACCUAACAUUGUAUGGCUUCAUAACAAUAAUGAGAUAGAUGUGAGUUAUGAUGGGCGCUUAAACCUACUACAUGAUGGGACUCUUAUGAUCCAGGACACACAAGAGUCUGACAAAGGAACCUACCAAUGUGCUGCUAAAAAUAUUGCUGGGGAAGUACGGACUCAGGAGGCUGUUCUACGCUACUUUGAAAGCCGAUCAAAACCAACCUUUAUCAUCCAGCCACAGAGCACAGAGGUGCUAGUCGGGGGCAGCGUAACUCUGGAAUGUAGUGUUUCUGGGUAUCCUGAGCCCAGAAUAAAGUGGACCACAGACACAGGAGAGUUGGUUCCUAUAAACGAUCGCUUCACCAUCACAAGUUCUGGGGGACUGUACAUUCAGAAUGUAACUUUCUCUGAGCAAGGGUCUUAUUACUGUCAUGCCACCAACAGCGAAGGAGCUCUGCAGGCCUCUGCUAUGAUUAUUGUUCAAGACAGGCUAAAGUUCUCGGUGAGUCCCAGUAUCCAGACAGUGAUCGAGGGGCAGAAAGCAGAAUUCUCCUGUUCUGCUCAUGGUCAGCCAGAAGCUUUGAUAACCUGGACUAAAGCAGGUGGUUUGUUACCUAAGGAUGAGAGACAUAGAGCCCUACCCACAGGGAAACUUGAGAUCUUGAAUACUGAGCUGCAAGAUGCUGGAUCAUACGAGUGCCAUGCUGCCAGUUCUGUAGAACAUUCACAAAAAGUGCAUCUCCAUGUGCAACCAAGAGAUGCUGUUUCAAGAGUUGGUGAUACAUUUGUGGAGCUAUCUCUACAAGAAGCCAUACAGAGUGUGGACAUUACCUUCAAUGCUACAAGGAGACACCUGUUCAGCAGGCUCCCAAAAAUACCCAGUGAUCUCCUGGCCCUCACUCGCUAUCCUCGAAAUCAUGAGACCAUUGAGACUGUGAGAUCAGCAGAGAUUCUGGAGAGAACCUUGCAACUGAUUGAGGAGAACAUUCACCAACUAUUAGCUGAGGAUUUCAACAAUUCAAACUACAAAUUCAGUGACCUCAUCUCUCCACACUUCAUAAGUAUGAUUGUGAAUGUCUCCGGCUGCUCCGCUCAUAGACAGACAUCUAAUUGCUCGGAUAUUUGCUUUCAUCGUCGAUAUCGCACUCAUGAUGGGUCCUGUAACAAUUUGCAGCAUCCAAUGUGGGGUGCUUCAAUGACAGCAUUCCAACGCCUCCUUAGACCUGCAUACCAAAAUGGCUUCAAUGUCCCCAGGGGACUUGGGGUAACAGAAGACUCAGGAAUUCUUCCAUUACCUCUUCCCCGUCUAGUGUCUACAACUAUGAUUGGUACAGAGACAAUCACCCCAGAUACUCAAUACACACAUAUGCUUAUGCAAUGGGGUCAAUUUUUGGACCAUGAUUUAGAUCAAAUCGUACCAGCUCUAAGCAUGUCCAGAUUUUCUGAUGGAGCUUCCUGUAGUCAAGUCUGUUCUAAUGAUCCUCCAUGCUUUCCGAUUACUAUACCUGAGAAUGAUCCCAGAGCAAGCAGUGGUCACUGUAUGUUCUUUGCUCGUUCCAGUCCUAUCUGUGGCAGUGGUGUGACUUCACUUCUUAUGGACUCAAUCUAUGCACGAGAACAGAUGAAUCUACUCACCUCUUAUCUGGAUGCCUCAAAUGUGUAUGGGAGCACAGAGCAGGCUUCAAAAGAACUGAGGGACUUUACCAACCAUCAUGGGAAACUAAGAGUUGGCAGAGUGGUAGAUGGUGGGAAGCACCUAAUGCCAUUUUCAAAUGGGCCUCCCACUGAAUGCAUGAGGGAUGAGAAUGAAAGCUCUAUUCCUUGUUUCCUGGCUGGAGAUCAUCGUGCCAAUGAACAGCUGGGACUUACCUCAAUGCAUAUUCUGUGGUUCAGAGAACACAAUCGUAUUGCAGAGCAGUUCCGAAGGCUCAACCCUCACUGGAAAGGAGACAAAAUAUACCAUGAGGCCAGGAAACUGGUGGGUGCUCAAAUGCAACACAUAACAUAUAGUCACUGGCUUCCAAAAAUAUUUGGGCAACAUGGAAUGAGUUUGUUGGGAAACUACAGUGGCUACAACUCCAACCUCAAUGGUGGUAUCUUUAAUGUGUUUGCUACUGCUGCUUUCAGAUUUGGACAUACACUUAUCAACCCCAUCCUAUACCGACUGAAUGAAACUUUCCAACCUAUCCAACAAGGUCACCUUCCAUUGCACAAGACCUUUUUUAGUCCAUUUAGGCUAUUCCAAGAAGGAGGAAUAGACCCAAUACUAAGAGGCCUUUUUGGGGUUCCUGGAAAGAUGAGGAUCCCCACUGAACUUUUGAACACUGAACUGACAGAAAAACUUUUCUCAGCUGUGCAUUCUGUGUCCUUAGACUUAGCAGCCAUUAAUAUCCAACGUGGCAGAGACCAUGGAAUUCCUCCUUAUAAUGACUUCAGAGAGUUCUGCAAUCUCACCUCUGCUCAGGACUUUGAGGACUUAAAAAUUGAGAUCAAGAACCAAGAGAUAAGAGAAAAGCUCCGCAGUCUGUAUGGAACACCAAAAAAUGUGGAUCUGUUCCCAGCACUGAUGGUGGAGGAGUUGCUACCUGGGUCUCUUCUUGGUCCUACAUUGAUGUGCCUGCUGGUUACUCAGUUUAGAAGAAUCCGUGAUGGAGAUAGGUUCUGGUAUACCAAUCCCGGUGUAUUCGCCUCAGAUCAGCUCCACCAGGUGAAGCAAUCUUCAUUGGCUCGUGUCAUCUGUGAUAAUGGAGACACUAUCCUACAGCUCCAGAAGGAUGUCUUUCAAAUGGCCACUUCCCCCCAGGACAUGCAAGACUGCAAGGAUAUCCCUCAUAUAGACCUGCGAUUUUGGCAGGAGUGCUGCGAUGGCUGUGGACAUGAAGUUGCUCAUGAUGCUAUAUCACAACAUUUCCGAUCGAGCAGAUCUUUAAAAUUCAGCUAUGCUGAAGACAAUCCAUCUGGGUCUACUAAGAGGAACUCCAGACUAGAAGACCGUUCUAAAGAAAAUCUGGACUCUAUCCUAGCCAGACUGGAAAGGACCAUUGCAUUGCUGCAAAGCAAGGUGAGCGAGCUUGAGGUUCAGAUGAAGAGCAGGAAUAGGAAAUCUUUAGAAGACUAACCAUUUCAGCAUCACCCCUGUUGAUGGUAGAAAUUAUAUCCAACUUCAGGAAGAGCCCAAUAACUCCACAAAACUUUAUGUCUGUACACUCUAUGUUGCUUGGGAAAUGCAUAUGGGGUUCAUAAUACAAACUGCUUUAAUUGCCUGAUGAACACAGUGACCAUUAAAAAUGAUCUCUUUGUCAAUUAUUCUGUUUAAUUAAGACAUCAACUUUGUAGUUCUACAAUAAUUAAUUGAUUGUGAAAUGUUUAAUAAAGAGGAAAACAAUCAAAUUAUAAAAUAAAAAUCAAACUGUCUCCAG